GCCCGGGAGAGGCGGCUGUGUCAUGAGUCCGCAGCCCCUGCCGGGGCGCGUGAACAGGCCAGGCCUGCGGGCUGCAGUCGCCAGCCUCUGACAAGGGUUCUCAAGACCAGCCCAUGGAAGAAUCAUAUGAAGAAGCGGUGGUUAACGUCACAGAGCAGGAGUGGACAUGUUUGGGUUCCCAGCAGCUACCCUGCUGGACUGUCAUGGAAGAUAUGCCCAGAAUGUAGCAUUUUUCAAUGUGAUGACAGAAGCCCACAAGUAUGACUCAGAGGCCACAGGAUCUUCAAGCUGGGAUUUCCAGAGUUCGUUCAGAAGAGAGAAGCUGGAACAGAAGUCCCCAGAUUCUAAGACACUACAGGAAGACUCACCUGGAGUGAGGCAGAAGGUCUAUGAUUGCCAGGAAUGUGGGAAAUCUUUCCGGCAGAAAGGUAGUCUAACAUUGCAUGAGAGAAUCCACACUGGCCAGAAGCCCUUUGAGUGCACCCAGUGUGGAAAAAGCUUCAGGGCCAAAGGCAAUCUAGUUACACAUCAGCGGAUCCACACAGGAGAGAAGCCCUAUCAGUGCAAAGAGUGUGGGAAAAGCUUUAGUCAGCGAGGCAGUCUAGCUGUGCAUGAGAGACUCCACACUGGACAGAAACCCUAUGAAUGUGCCAUUUGCCAGAGAAGCUUCCGGAAUCAAAGUAACCUUGCUGUUCACCGAAGAGUUCACAGUGGCGAGAAGCCCUAUAGAUGUGACCAGUGUGGAAAGGCUUUCAGUCAGAAGGGAAGCCUGAUUGUCCACAUCAGAGUUCACACAGGUCUGAAGCCCUAUGCGUGUUCCCACUGCAGGAAGAGCUUCCACACCAGGGGCAACUGCAUUCUGCAUGGGAAAAUCCACACAGGAGAGACACCCUAUCUCUGUGGCCAGUGUGGGAAAAGUUUCACUCAGAGAGGGAGCCUGGCUGUGCACCAGCGAAGCUGCUCGCAGAGGCUCACCCUGUAACCACCCUUCAAAGGAAUUCCUUAGGGAUUAACAAUGCAAAACCCUCUGUUGCCAAAAAGUUUAUCUAAGUCUAUAGGGUAAGUGGAAAUUCUUCCAGAACCAGCAUUUCAUAGGGCAACUGACUUUUUCCCUUCCCCCAAAGGAAUAUGAAAAAUAAAUGUCUUGUUUAUCAUUA